GGUUAAAACAAAUGAUUCUUCUUUUUAGUCAAAAGUUGAAAAAGAGAACUAUUUUGGUCAAACAAUUUUGCAAACAGUCCCCAGUCUUCACACCCCAAAGAACACUGAUUGAUCAAUACAAUCAUUCUCUGGAACCCUACGAACACUCUCAGACACACACUAGUGAACCUCAAUCUUCACAAAUGGGUUUGUCGUGAGUUUUAGUGAAAAAGAUCAUAAAUUCGCAAUGGACGCAGUAGAAAAAGAGCUGGAGAGGAGAAGCCAGUUCUUGCACAGCUUAAUAAUACAGAAGAAGAAAACGUCGGUUGAGCAAAAACAAGAAAAUGGUCGCUGGAACAUACGCGUGAGGGCUUCAGAUAUGCCUCUCGCUCUGCAGAAUCGGGCCUUUAAAAUAGCUACUGACAUUCUUGAUUCCAUGCCUUGUGCCAAGAUUGACAGCAAACGCCUUGCCCUUUCGCUCAAGAAGGAUUUCGACUCGACAUAUGGUCCAGCUUGGCAUUGUGUGGUGGGGACCAGCUUUGGGUCAUAUGUGACACAUUCCAUAGGAGGAUUCUUGUAUUUCUCAAUCGAUAAGGUCUAUGUUCUCCUCUUCAAGACUGCCGUCGAGCCUUUGAACAGAUGACACUGUUUAUUUUUUUCGUCUUUUUAUUUCUACCAGUUCUAUGAUUUUUCUCGUGAACUUUGAAGUUCAAGUUUGUUUUGUUGGAUGUUAAAACAACAUAAAAAGAAAAUGAAGAACGUAUCUUUUUUCUUUUAUUUAUUUAGACUAUGUUUUGACUUUUGUGUAUUAUGAUGCUUCAAAGAGACGAACUUUGGCACUGUAGUUUUCCUCGACAUUUCGCAGCUUCUGUUCUGGUAUGUUCUGUAAGAAAAAUUGAUUUUGUACCGAUUCAAAAACUAUUUUAUAGUGAAUGAGAAAUUAAUUCUAAG